GGUGGUGCUCCACCCAAUGCAGUUAAGUGGGGCAUCACAGCAGUAACACCUGGGGCUGUGGCUUGGGCUAUUAACAUAUUUCUAUUAUCACCCGACCAGGAAUUUCCCCAAGAAGGCAAAGGGAAGACCUCCAGAAUCAACUAUGACAUGAUCUUUAUGUUCUUCAAAGAACUGCUGAUCUGCAACUGGGAGAAGCCUUACCUGAAGAUGAUCAUCAAGCAUAUCAAUACCUUUGUUUUCGAGCGCACUUUUUGCCCCUCUCAUGAUCUUAACAGUAGGGAUUCUGCUGAUAAUCUUCAAGAAGAAAUGUGUCUUGCUCAACUUGGAUUAGCAGCAGACACAGAAGAUGAUCUGUCUCUGUCUGACAAUAAAAAUGCUAGUAUUGAUGUCCUCGCUAAAGCUACAGGCAAUAUAGCUAUAUGUAAUUCCAAUGAGGCUCCUACUCCUUUGUCAACUAUCUGCUGA